AUGCAUCGUACACAUGCUGAUCUUAUUCAAUCACUUGUUCGACGAAAUAUUAUUAAAGAUGAACGAAUUAAAACAGCUAUGUUAGCAACAGAUAGAUUAGACUUUUCCACCGAUCGAUUAUAUGAAGAUGCACCACAGCCAAUUGGUUACAAUGUAACCAUAUCAGCACCACAUAUGCAUGCUUACGCACUUGAAAUGUUACGAGAUAAACUUAUUCCUGGUGCACGUGUACUUGAUGUUGGAUCAGGUUCGGGAUAUUUAACAACUUGUAUAGCUCGUCUUAUUCAGCCAGGUGGAAAAGUAAUUGGUAUUGAACAUAUACCAGAAUUAGUUGAGUCAUCAAUAAAGAAUAUUUCCAAAAAUGCACGUUCAUUACUUGAUGAUGGAACAUUAGAAAUUGCUACAGGUGACGGUCGUUUAGGUCAUCCACAAGGUGGUCCAUAUGAUGCAAUACAUGUUGGUGCAGCAGCACCAAAUCGACCGAAUGCAUUAAUUGAACAAUUAAAACCAGGUGGGCGUUUAGUAGUUCCUGUUGGUGUUGGAAGUCAAAGAAUCAUGAUUUAUGAUAAAUCAGCAGAUGGUCAUGAAGUUCAUGAACAUGCAAGUUUAGGUGUUAGUUAUGUUCCAUUAACAGAUAAAGCAAAACAAUGGCGACAUUGA